AUGAGCUCCGCCGCGCCGACGACGACGACGCACAACCAGAACAAGACACACAAUUUUCACCCGAAAAGGCUUACUGCGUUUAAGGGGAUCCGGAGGCAACGCCGAUGUCGUGUGCCUCUCGUUGCGAUGUCCAUCCCGCAGCAAGGAGGAAACGCGCAACCACUGAAAAGACAACCGAUCGAAGCGCGCGAGGCGAUCCGCAUGGGCAUUCCAUCCAAAGGCCGCAUGGCGGAAGACACGCAAGGGUUAUUGAAAUCGUGUCAACUUUCCGUGCGGAAACUAAACCCGAGGCAAUACGCGGCGGAGAUUCCAAACGUCCCCGGCAUGGAGGUGUGGUUCCAAAGAGCGACGGACGUCGUGAGAAAGUUGUUGACUGGAGACGUGGAUAUUGGGAUUGUUGGGUACGACAUGUUGAGGGAAAUUGGUAACGAGGACGAGGAUUUGGUGAUUGUGCACGACGCGCUCGGGUUUGGCGGGUGUCAUUUAGCCGUGGCGGUGCCGCAGGCGUGGGAGAACGUGAACUCGUUGAGCCAAUUGAAAUCAGACCCGAGAUUUUCCAAGGAGAGACCGUUGCGAGUGGUCACGGCGUACGUGAACGUCGCGACGCAGUUUUUUAAGGAUCAAGGCAUGGAGAACGUGGUUAUUUCCACCGCGGAUGGGGCGUUGGAAGCUGCACCGGCGAUGGGUGCGGCGGAUUGCAUCUUAGAUUUGGUCUCGAGCGGGACCACGUUGAGAGAAAAUAACUUGAAAGAAAUUGAAGGCGGGAGAGUGUUGGAUUCGCAAGGGUGCUUAGUAGCCUCGAGAGAGGCGUUGUUGAAACGACCGGGAGUGUUAGAGAUUGUUCACGAAAUGUUGGAAAGAUUGGAGGCGCAUUUGAGAGCGGACGGGGUGUUUAUGGUCACGGCGAAUGUCCGAGGCUCGAGCGCCGAGAGCGUGGCGGAGAAGAUUUGCGGCGGGGGGAGUUUGUUGAGAGGAUUACAAGGGCCAACGGUGUCGCCGAUUUACACGCCACAAAGUGACGGAGCUGUCAAAGAAGGUCAUUUUUACGCGGUCUCUAUCGGCGUCCCGAAAACGAGGAUAUACGAAACGGUGAAGAGUUUACGCAGAAUGGGCGGCAGCGGGGUCUUGGUCUUUCCUAUGACGUACGUGUUUGACGAAGAACCACCGAGAUGGACGAGCUUGUUAACGCAGCUUGGCUUAAAAUCGGAAGAUUUCAACCACUUGGCUCGCGGGGAGGCGCCAGUGGCGAGAUAA